GCAACGAGAGGUUUGGCCUGCGACGUGCCAGGGGAGGCCUACCGCCGGGCCUGCAUCCACGCGCCCUGCGGCUGUCCGGAAAGCUCCUGCGGCUUCCGGGGCUCCCGCCAGAUGCUGCUCAACCACGUCUCCGGCCCGGACCACUCGCGGCCCGUCAUCGUCCUCCGCUACGGCCAGCCCCAGGUCCUCACCCUGCCCCUGUCGCGCCACUGGCACGUGCUCGUCGGGGAAGAAGACCGCCCGGCGCCGGCGGACCGCGACCGGAACGUGUUCCUCGUGUCCGUGUCCGCCCGGGAGACCGGCCCCGCGGAGGUGUCGCUGGUCUGUGUCAGGGCGGACGGCGGCACGCACUUCUCCUGCAGGAUCUCCGUCGAGCACUCCGUGGAUGGGUCGAGGCUGAUUUUGGAGUCGCCCAAGGUGAGCAGCAGCUCCCUCACCUCCUCCGGCGAUGGCGCGCCGCCGGUCAGGGCCCUGAUGGUGCCCCAGGAUUACUUGGCCGGCGACAGCGUCCCCCUUGGCAUCCACAUCGACAAGCUUAGACCUCCUCCCAGUCCGCCUGCUCUGACUCCUAUCACUUCUAUUUCUUCGAUUACUUCUAUUGUUACAUCUACUACUCCGUCUCCUCUCGCCGCUGCCGCCGCCACGGUCAAUCCGUCUCCUUUCGCCGCCGCCGCCGCGGUUGUUCACGGCGGCUGAGAGUUCCAAGAAAAGGAAAAUGCAAACCCCAAGAGACUGUAGCUAGUGAAGACAAUUAAUGUAGUGUUAGCCAGCUAGCUAGCUGUUCGCCAUGGCACUUUAUCAAUCCGAGGAGUAGAUAUUUUGGUAUUUGAAAUCAAUCAUGUGUUGCGGUUUGCAAGUAAUUUAUCGGUCCGAUUCAAGGGUACGUUUAGUUUGUGCCAAAUUUGCUUUACUAAUUUUUUCCAACCAAAAGAUGGUCAAGAAUUUAUUUUCCAUUUUCCAAAGAUUUGUGGAAGGAUUGUGAUGGGGAUUGAUAAGGUUUCCGUAUGCAACCAAAAUUUGAGCAACCAACUAAGCAAACAAGAAGAAAUCUUCAUGGGCUGUCAAAAAUUUAGCAGGGCAACUUUGUGCUAAGUUUGUACAAAAUCUAAGACACUUUUAUGGUUCAGAGAGAGUAGUAUUUUGUACAGCAGAGUUAGAAAUCUGAAGGUGGUAGACAGUGAAAUAUAUGCACGAAGGAGAAGAGAAGAGGUCUCUUCAAUCGAUGACAAUAUCAUUAUGCUGAAAUGAUAGUGUCAGUUGUUUUUAUCUUUGACAUUGUUUUCUCACAAUCAUAUUAUUUCCUUAAGCCAGCACAUUACCUUGUCUUGCAAAAAGACAUUAUCCUUGUCUCAUUAUGAAAGCCUACUCUUCCUUUCUGUGUGCAGAAGCAGUAUGCUGCCCUUGUAUGGAUUCAUAGACCUCUGACGGAUGAUUACCAUAAAAAAAAUUCGGGUGUUAAUGAUAUGGUACAAGUCAUAAGCUUCACCCAUCCUCUUCCUAUUUAUCUUUGGUUGCGGUCCACCUUGAAGAGCCAACAUGACCAUAGUCCAUAGGCUUUGGGCGAAUUCUUGCAUUUUUUUAUUGUGAGAAUCUUUUAUGCAUAUGAAAGAGGUUUAGAACUCGUUAGUAUUGCUAUGCUUGUUGCGUCAACAAUAUGCCUUAAUUAUCAAGAAAAAUAGAUCAUACAUUAACACAUUUCUCAGAAAAAUAAUGUAAGAAAACCCAUUUAAUUCUAUAUCAUGUCAAAGUCAAUAUAUGAGACUAUGUUACAUUGAACUUCGUGUUACAUUAUCCUAUGAUGAGACUUACAUUCUCGGAUGGGAACAUGAAACAGGAAUGCUCACUGCACACACACAUUAUGUAUGAAAAA